AUGUCGGCCGCUUUAUGCGAAAAUGAGCUAUCCAUCCGAACAUGCAUUUUGUAUGAGGCCUUGGACGAUAUACCAAUUGAGGAAUCCUACAAAAACUUCUGCAGAAAAGUUGGAAAAGACGCCAUGACACUUUAUGAUUUCGAUUAUUGGUUUUAUCGAUUUCACAACGGAAAUCAUGAUUUGCAUCAUGACAGAAGCAAGGAUUCGAAACAAUUGACGCUCUCCGACAUGCCGAUUGGCAUAAUGCCCGAAAUUUUAAGCAACGUGGAUCCGAUUGAUAGAUUGGUUCUUCAAAAAGUGUCUAAAGGCCUUCGCCAAGUGGUUAAGGACAUGAAGUGGGAAUUCGAUACUUUGUCAUUUAUCAAAGAUAACAGUUUACUUUAUAUUCAUUUUCCUUCCAGUGGAACUGUGUAUUAUUCAAAAGAAAACGGAGGUAGUGUCACGCAUUGGACAAGAUCUGGCGAUGGUAAACCAAGUCAAAUCAGGAGAACAUUUGUUGAAGGAUGCAACUCAGACAAACACGUUUCGAAGCUAAUUAGCGCUAAAGCGAUGCUAAUGUUAAAAAUAGAUGUUAUAAGUUGCCCCACCUAG